AUGGAGGCUGCUAGUUACUCAGCUGCUGUUGUGGGGAACGGGGACAUGGGAUCCCAGCGGGACCUGAACAUGGUUCCUGAGCGGCUUCAGAGACGUGAACAAGAGCGGCAACUGGAAGUGGAAAAGAGGAAGCAAAAGCGACAAAACCAGGAGGUUGAGAAGGAGAAGAGCGACUUUUUCGCCGCUGCUUUCUCUCGGGAGCGAGCGGCAGUGGAAGAGCUUCUGGAGGGUGGGGACUCUGCCGAGCGGCUGGAGGAGGCAGCCACCCGACUCCAGGGGCUGCAGAAACUUCUCAACGACUCAGUUUUGUUCCUGGCCGCCUACGACCUGCGGCAGGGACAGGAGGCGCUGGCGCGGCUGCAGGCGGCUUUAGCAGAGCGGCGUCAGGAACUUCAGCCUAAGAAGCGUUUCGCUUUCAAGACACGGAAGAAGGAUGCCGCAUCCGCCUCCAAAGUAGAUGCGGCUCGUGGCGCUCGGCUAACUGAAGGCAUUCGGGCCUCUCCGCAGCCCUUGAAGGAGGAGCGAGACUUCGGCGCCAGCUGGGUCUGUGGUUUCUCCGGUCUGGAGUUUCAAGUCUUGGAGAAGAGAGCUGAAGAUCUCCAUCAGCGCGAUGUCCUUUUGACCGAGCUGAACAACUGCACUGUUAGAUUGUACGGUAAUCCCAACACACUGUGGCUGACCAAAGCCCGAAACUGCACGGUGCUCUGCGGGCCGGUGUCCGCGUCUGUGUUCCUGGAGGACUGCAGUGACUGCGUGCUGGUCGUGGCCUGCCAGCAGCUCCGCGUCCACACUACGAAAGACACCCGCAUCUUCCUGCAGGUGACCAGUAGGGCCAUUAUAGAGGACUGCAACGGCAUCCAGUUCGCCCCUUACACCUGGACCUACCCGGGCAUCGACAAGGACUUCGAGGGCUCUGGUUUAGAUAGGAGCAAGAAUAAUUGGAACGACGUUGACGAUUUCAACUGGCUGGCCCGAGAUAUGGCUUCCCCGAACUGGAGUAUUCUUCCUGAAGAGGAGCGAAUGAUCCAGUGGGACUAA